UUUACUGUGAAGGCAUAAUCCCGGAAGUGUUCGUGGUGUCCUUCCUGGUCGCGCUGUUAGCGGCGAAACGUAUCGAAAGGAUGCCGUCGAUGGACUACGACGACUCCAAGCCCAGCUGGGCGGACCAAGUGGAAGAGGAAGGAGAUGAAGGAUCCCUGCCAGCACCUAAGGAAACAAUCAAAGGAAAUAUCAAAACUGUUACCGAGUACAAAAUAGAUGAAGAUGGCAAAAAAUCAAAGAUCAUUCGAACAUUCAAGAUUGAAACCCGGAAAGCCUCAAAAGCUGUUGCCAGAAGGAAGAAUUGGAAGAAGUUUGGAAACUCUGAGUUUGAUGCCCCUGGACCUAAUGUUGCCACUACCACUGUCAGCGAUGAUGUCUACAUGACCUACAUCUCAAGCAAAGAUGACUUGAACGCCCAAGACCAGGAUGAAGACCCGAUGAACAAGCUGAAAGGGCAGAAGAUUGUUGCUUGUCGUAUUUGCAAGGGAGACCAUUGGACCACCCGCUGUCCAUACAAGGAUACUCUGGGACCCAUGCAGAAGGAGCUUGCUGAACAGCUGGGUCUUUCUACUGGAGACAAGGAGAAGCCUGCUGGUUCUGCUGAGCCAGAACCGGUGCAGCCUGCUCAGAGCAAGACAGGCAAGUAUGUGCCACCGAGCCUGAGGGAUGGAGGAACCCGCAGAGGAGAGUCCAUGCAGCCGAACCGCAGAGCUGACGACAAUGCCACCAUCCGUGUGACCAAUCUGUCCGAGGACACCCGUGAGACGGACUUGCAGGAGCUUUUCAGGCCUUUUGGGUCCAUCUCCAGAAUCUACCUGGCCAAAGACAAGAAUACUGGACAGUCAAAGGGUUUUGCUUUCAUUAGUUUCCAUCGGCGGGAGGAUGCAGCCAGAGCGAUCGCAGGAGUGUCAGGAUUUGGAUAUGACCAUCUUAUUCUCAACGUUGAAUGGGCCAAGCCAUCAAACAACUAAGAAGCCGGCAAACCAUCACAACCAGGAUGCCAGAUUUUAUUACUGCAGUGAAAUGUGGCUGCCUCAAUAAAAAAUGUUUCACAAAAAACGUUUUCUUUGAUCCGUUCCACAAGUCUCAAGUGUGCAUUAAAAGGUGUUCAUAGUGAAAAUAAAUGAUU